CUAAGAUAGGUACUAUCUCAAGUGUAGAGAUAAGCUCUGCUCACGACAUAAUAUGUGUAAUUCUUGCUUUUUGUGGUCAAUCGGACACCAGCUGUGGAAUCGAUACGACACUCUGGAAACUGACCGCAAGAGCAACACCACCCCUGAUUCCAAAAGUGUCUGGUGUAGCCACGAUGGAGAGAUGGGCCACAAGCGGCGACUCUGUGAUUGUAACAGGCCUGCUCUUCGUCAUUAGUCUCCGUUUAGUGGGGGCGCAGAUGUUUUCAGCAACACUGGAUGAUCCUAAGCUAAACCUCAGAAUGAGCCAAUGUCGGGAGACAUGUGGUAAUAAAUACUUUGAAUGCAAAAUUGGAAAAUGUGAAAGUGGAGAUUUCGGAUCGGAAGAGGGUUACGGACUGUGCAUUGACCUCUGUACAGAAAUUUUCUAUGCAUGCUUGAACGAAUGUGAAAGAAAAAUCACCCCUGCCCCCACUACCACCCCGCCUACUGUGGCAGCGGGCGAAACCCUACCCCCGGGCGUUUACGAGCUUAUUCGGAAUUUACACAACACAAAGGGUAUCAGUGGACGAAAUUCAGUUUUGAAUGACAACACCGUGAAUUCGAAACAGACGAGUGGUAUAGAGCUUGCUGGGAAAGACUACCUCAACAGAUUAAGCACAGUUAAACCCUUUUCAUUCACUGGUAUACAUGACUAAGCCUACCAUUAAACAACUUUAACUAUU